CCCCCAAACCCCACGGGAACAAAAAGAAAACAAAUCGCUGAAAUCCCAAAUCUUUCCUUCCCGAUCCCUCUAUCUAUCCCUCCCUCCCCCCGUCUUCUAAAAAUCGAAUCUCCACCCGGCCGGUCAGAGAGAGAGAGUGAGGGAGGGCAGGCGGACGUUGCCAUUGUUUGCACCCACCCGCUCCUCCUGUUUUUAACGCCGCCGCCGCCGCCGCCACCGCUCCCCGUCUGCAUGGGCGUGCUGCCGCGUUCGUAGCCCCGGAUCGCACAAGAAGGAAGCCGCCGCCCGCCGCCCGCGUUCCCCGUGGUGCCCGGCGGCGACGGCGAUGGAGAGGGCCGGGGAGAACAGGAGGCCGGCGGCGGGGAAGCCCGUGCCCGGCGUCCGAGGCAUGGGGAACCGGAGGCCGCUCAAGGAACUCAACAACCUCGCGGGGGCUCACCCCUACCCCUACGCCAUCGCCAAGAAGCCGAUGCUAGAGAAGACUGGGAGGAAUGAGAAGAAGCCAGCAUUAGUGAGCCAUCGUCCUCUGACGAGGCACCGCGCCGCCCUCUUGGAGAACAAACAACUACCUGACCAUCUGGCCGUCGCAGUUGAUGCAGCAGAACCCGAAGUUGAUCCCCAGAAUGAGCCCAUCCCCGAUGACACCGCUGAAACCGAUGAAGAGAUCGAGUUGGUCGGCGGUGAUACUGACAUGGUAUAUGAUGAGGAAGAGCAGGAGGAUAUUGUGGAUGAUGUAUCCCUCAUGGACAUCGACAGCGCCGACUCCGGGAAUCCGCUGGCCGCAACUGAGUACGUCGAAGAGAUUUACAGGUUCUACAGAAAAAAUGAGAAACUUAGCUGUGUGCGUCCUGAUUACAUGUCCAGUCAAGGAGACAUAAAUGAAAAAAUGAGAGCUAUUCUGGUGGAUUGGCUCAUUGAGGUUCAUUACAAGUUUGAGUUGAUGGAUGAGACACUCUUUCUUACUGUGAACAUAAUAGACAGAUACUUGGAAAAACAAGUGGUGCCAAGGAAGAAAUUGCAGUUAGUUGGAGUGACAGCUAUGCUUCUUGCUUGCAAAUAUGAGGAAGUCUCAGUUCCAGUUGUUGAAGAUCUAGUGCUGAUUUCUGACCGGGCUUACAAUAAAGGAGAGAUUCUUGAAAUGGAAAAGUCGGUCCUAAACACUCUGGAGUACAACAUGUCUGUACCAACACCAUAUGUUUUUAUGAGAAGGUUCCUGAAGGCAGCUGAUUCAGACAAGCAGCUACAGCUAGUUUCCUUCUUCAUGCUUGAGCUGUGCCUGGUUGAAUACAAAAUGCUGAAGUACUGCCCUUCGCUGCUUGCUGCCGCUGCAGUUUACACUGCACAGUGUGCUAUCAAUCGCUGCUGGCAGUGGACAAAGAUCUGUGAGACCCAUAGCAGAUACACUAGAGAUCAGCUCAUUGAGUGCUCCAGCAUGAUGGUACAAUUCCACCAGAAGGCCGCAGGGGGCAAGCUUACAGGCGUCCACAGGAAAUACAGUACACUCAGGUUCGGAUCUGUGGCGAAAGUGGAGCCUGCGCACUUCUUGCUGGGGGGGUGAAAUUUCCGGUAUAAUCUAGAGCAAUCUAUCCUUCUUGAUAGAUUUUAAGUAUCCAUCUGAGAGAAACAUCGUUCUGAUGUUGCACAAAAGUGCAGCGGGUUUACUUUAUAACAUGCUUGUGACGAUGUAAUAAUCUUAGUAUGAUCAUGUUUGUGGACGAUGCUCCAAGUACUCAGUCGUUAAGUUGCACUGCGGCUAAUAAUGGUUUAGCCUUAUUUAAAGAGUGACGUGGAACCUUGUAAAGAGCAUUUUCCAGCAUGAAAUGAAGCAACAGACCUAUCUUUUUUA